AGAACCCAAGGGUUUUGGCGGGAGACGAGACAAGUUCUUUUUUUCGGUGGAACGAGACAGCUCUCGGGCGAGGGUAAAAAAGUGGGAAAAUGGCGGAAGGGGAGGAAGCUCUGGCCAUGGAGGCGGAGGAAUACCGGGUCUGGAAGAAGAACACCCCCUUCCUCUACGACCUUGUCAUCUCCCACGCCCUCGAAUGGCCCUCCCUCACCGUCCAAUGGCUCUCCUGUACCUCCACCCCCUCCUUCCUCUCCUCCUCCUCCUCCUCCGCUUCCGCUGCCGCCGCCCCCGUCCACCGCCUCAUCCUCGGCACCCACACUUCCGACGAAGCCCCCAACUUCCUCAUGCUUGCAGACGUCCGCUUCCCCCUCCUUCCCCCCGGUAAGGGCUCCCCUCCCCCUCCUCCCACCGCUGAUGUCCCCAUCCCGUCUGUCGAGAUCGCACAGACAGUCCACCACGAAGGGGAGGUCAACCGGGCGCGCUACAUGCCGCAGAACCCCGCCCUGGUGGCCACCAAGACGUGCGGGUCGGAGGUGCACGUCUUCGACUGCGGCCGCCGCCCGCCGAGGCCGCCAGAGGGGGAGACUGGCGGCCCGGAUCUCGUGCUGAGAGGACACGAUACUGAAGGGUAUGGGGUUUCGUGGAGUUCCCUCAAGGAGGGGUACCUCUUGAGCGGUUCGUAUGAUUCCAAGAUUUGCUUGUGGGAUGCGGGCGUGACACCGAAAGAGAAGGUUCUUGAUGCCAAGGAUGUGUUUGAGGCUCAUGAAGCUGCUGUUGAAGAUGUUGCUUGGCACAUAAAAAAUGAAAAUCUAUUUGGGUCUGUUGGUGAUGAUCAUCUAUUGAUGAUCUGGGACUUGCGCUCAUCUGCAUCAAAAAAGCCACAACAUUCAAUUAUAGCUCACCAGGAUGAGGUUAACUCUCUAUCCUUCAACCCAUUUAAUGAAUGGAUUCUUGCUACAGCAUCUGCAGACACAACAGUUAACCUGUUUGAUUUACGGAAGCUGACGACAAGUUUGCAUACCUUUUCUAGUCACACAGGACCAGCACUUCAGGUUGAAUGGAGCCCUAAACAUGAAACUGUCUUAGCCUCUUCUGCUGCUGACAAAAGGCUGAUGGUUUGGGACCUUUCCAGGAUCGGAGAUGAGCAGGCAGAAGAAGAUUCAGAGGAUGGACCACCUGAGCUUCUUUUUGUUCACGGGGGCCACACUGCCAAAAUCUCAGAAUUCUCAUGGAACACCGAUGAGCCAUGGGUCAUUGCCAGUGUAGCCGAGGAUAAUAUUCUCCAGGUGUGGCAGAUGGGAGAGAGCAUAUAUCAAGAUGAUUAUAACACAGAAGAUGGUGACCAACCGUAUGCCGCAUAAUUUUUUUUUCUCUCGUAAUCUUCUGCUUUUGCUGUUGGAGUAGAGCAAACAUGCAAGCAUAUGUAUGGGAGACUUCCCUUGAGCUAUGCAAUGCUUGCACGCUUCACUCGCUAUGUUUAGAAUCAUUGUCAGACACACCUUCUUCCUCUGUUUUAAUAGUAUUAGUUUGAAACUGAAUGUAGACUCCGUACACAGAACUUCUAAGUUAAGCAAUUAGCGUUUUCUUUUCC